AGCACAGAAGCAAAAAACUACUGUGAAAAGCAAUAUGUCAAUACGGAGAUUUUUCGUAAACAAUCGAAUGAAAUUUUAAAUUUCCAAGUGCUUUCCGGCCUAGAUGGAGGUGAAAAUGCAGCACAACUCCCAGGCGCACUUGUUCCAGAUACAGGUGAAAUCCUUGAUCAAAACGCUGAAAUGUCUGCAAUCGGACGAUAAAUACCAGGCGCUACUGUUUCUUAUUUCGACCAUCAAGUUGUACGUAAAAUUCUUGUACAACGACAGUCAGGAGCGAAUUUACAAGCCGUCAAUACUCAAAGAGUUGAGCAACAUCCAGAAUGUGAUUAUCGCUAAUCUGUUAAAGUCGCGAAGUGCUGCUUCUGCGACAACGUUACCAUCGUCGUCGUCCCUGGUUCCGUGUGGUGGUGAGCUUCGAACCAGCAUCCGGAAUGACCGACCGGGAGUGAAUGGCAGUGAUGGAAUUUUACUCAUCCAUCCCAAGUCUAGAGCGGUGCUUUCACUUACUCCCUAUGAGAUCAAAGGGAAACUUCUUCGAGGGGGCCUAUUCGAUGGUAUCCCGCUGUCCGGGGCCGUAAAAUUUAAGCGUAGGCCUCGGGUCGGGAUCAUCGGCGAUAUCGGAAAGAUCCGAUUGAAUCGAGCCCUCGUCCGAAUGGUUGCCUCUCGAAACUUCAAGCUACUGUUCAACAUGUUCGAGCAGAGCAUAUUCCCUAGUUGGAGAAUUUUCAAAGAGGAACGACCCAUUCGAGGUCGCAAUCGUCCCACGAUGCCCUCGAUUUGCUACAGCGGUGGUUCCUCCCACUCGCCACCCGCAGCCUACAUCAAGAAAGAGGACUUCGACUUCGAUGCCCCAUACUCAUUGUCCGCCGUCGAUGAUCCCUGCUUUGAGGAGCUGAAGGACGAAGACGACGAGGACGAUCUGAUGAUGCUGAAAGAUGAGGAGGAUGACGAGGACCUCGACGACGAAGACGAUGAUGAUUCUAUUUCAAACGAGAUCUAUUCGGAAGAAUCGUCCACGAACAAUACGUCGCUGAUGUUGUCCUCGGACACGAACACACUCGAUACCAACGAUUCCAACAUGCUCUCGGGAGAAAGACUCAAGGAACAGGUUUACCAGUGUUUGUUGUGCGACAAAAGCUACCGGAAACGGAAAUCACUGGUGAUUCACUUCAGCAAUCAUCCUGGAUUUUGUCCCGAUUGCGGAAAGCAACGCGGUGUAUCUUCGGAGGACAUAAUUGAACACAACCGAGUCUACCAUAAGAAUAGGCCACAUAUUUGCGAACACUGUGGCGAAACCUUCACUCGCAAUCAACAGUAUCAAGUCCACGUGCAGGGCCACUUCAUCAGCAAGGCACGGAUCCAAGAGCAAAACUGCAAAAAAACCUACAAGUAUAGCUGUCGUUCGUGUGGUAUCGUUUUUAAUAAUCAGAAAUAUUUGGAAAAACAUAUUCAGAAAAGUGGCCACCAAGCCGAAGAUGUGGUUUGUGGAACCUGUGGUGCAAUAUUCUUGUCCGAAAUCAAACUUAAACAGCAUAUAGCUAGGACUCAUAACAAUGAAAAACGGUUCACAUGCGAACACUGUGCUAAGGUAUUUAAUCAGAAGGCGAAUCUCGAUCGACACAUGUUACUCCACACGAAUAUUGCUGAGAAGACCUAUCCCUGUGACAAAUGCAGUGCCUCGUUCCUCUCAAUGGCUUUGCUGAAAGAGCACAUGAAGCUCUCGCAUACAGCGGAUGACAAAUUUGAGUGUAACAUAUGCCACAAGCUGUUCGCGGCGAAACGAUCACUCAAACGUCAUAAGCUAUGCCAUUCGGAGGAACGACCCUUCCCCUGUACUGUCGAAAAUUGCAAGGAGGCCUAUAAGAACCAAUCUCACCUGGCUCGUCAUAUGAAGACGGCACACCAUAUCGAUCCUCCUUCCAAACGCAUGAAAGCAAUGCAGAAGGAGUCGGAAUUUGUCCCACUGGAUCCGAUCGGAACCGGUGACUCAUCUGCAAGCAAAACCAACCCAAUGAAAAAACCAGUGAUCGCCGGCAGUGAUAAGUCCAUCGGCGACAGCAGCACCAACUUCAGUGAUAACCUAUCCACGUUCAACUACGACUACGUCGAAUCCGUUCCGACCGGUGCAGGUGUAGAUCCCAGUCAGCAGCAACAUCAGCAACAGCAACAGCAGCAGCAGCAGCAACGAAUACACAUGAUCGGUCCAACGGGAGCACCUCGAAUGGGUGUCCCAAAUACGCCGAUAGGUUUCAACGAUCCUAGCCAGGGAGGGUACGGCCGGGCCACCAACGAUCAGUUCGAAUGGCAAAGCAUGGAGUUUGGUGGUGGGCCCGGCUCUUCACAGCAACAGAUGGCGUUGGAUCCGCUCGGCCAGGGUUAUAUCGAAGGAGUGCACACAACGGGUUACAUGACGGCAGCACUGCCUGGCAUGAGACCAUAUUCGGAACCGAAUCUCAUUUGUGAGCAUUGCGAUGAAACCAAUUUCAUAAACAGUCAGCAGCUGCAAAUCCACAUACAGGACCAUUUCUCAGCUAAAGACGGUAAAGAUGUUCCCGGGAAAAAAUUACUAAGAUUACACUGCAAAACCUGCAACUUGCUGUUUGCAACGGGGGCCCAGCUUGAUCGUCAUAUUCAAAAAACCAACCACCACACCGACAGCGUCGGUUGUGAUCUCUGUAGUGCAAUAUUCAACUCUAAUCUCAAAGUAUAUCAACACAUGCUCAAAUGUCAUAAAAAUGAUACGUGGUACGCAUGUGAGCAGUGUUCUAAGGUUUUCAUAUUGAAACAGGAGUACGACAAACAUCAGCUGGUCCACCAAACCGUCACGGACAAAUCGGUCAUUUGUGAGCACUGCGCGUCAUCGUUUUUCUCGCAGGAAGCGCUCAAGGAACAUAUCAAAAUUUCACACACUGCGGAGAAAAAAUAUGAGUGCACCAUCUGCAACAAAUUGUUUGCCGCAAAGCGCUCGCUCAAACGCCAUAAACUAUGCCAUGAGGAAGAAGGUGCUUUCCCUUGUCCAGUCGAGGACUGCAAAGAGUCGUUCAAGACCCCUGCCAGCCUGACCAAGCACAAAAAGAUGGUUCACAGUAUUGGGCCGGAUCCGAGUGAAAAGGGAGGAUCCAAGGCGAAGGCCACGGCAGCCGCCAAGGCAGCAGUCAGUGAAAAACUUCUUCCCGAACCGCCACCGGUUGUUCCUACCGCAAGUAACCCUGUAGCACUUGGCAUAGGCAGUGUGGCUGGUCCAUCGGUGCCGGUGAAACAUGAACCACGAACGCCUACCGGGAUGCUUGUGCCUCCUUCCCGAACCAGCAGUACAAGUAGUGCAGGAGCCGGUAGUAAUCCGAACGCAAUACCGUACGAUCCAUAUGGCAGCGGAAUGCAUUACAACAAUGUGAUGGGUCAGGGACAACCCCAGCAGCAACACUUUACCGUACAAAAUCCGAACAACGCGCUUCAUUAUGGCGGUCCUGCAGGGCGGGCGGCCAAUGAACAAACCAUGACAUACCGAAUUGACCCUACUGGAGCAGCAGCUAACGCUGGCUACGCGUCGGGAGGCUACGGACCAAUGAACAGUUCAUUCGAGUGGCGUAGUAUGGAAUUACAAAACAGUAUUGACCCAGGCAUGGGUACAUCCGGAUCCGUCGGCGGCCAAACCGUCCAAUCGGUGGCCGCGACCAUGAAAGCUAACAAAUAUUAUCCUGUGAUGGAUUCCAGUGGAACCACAGCAGGAAGUGGUUUUAUUCAAUCUCAGCAACAAUCACAACAGCAACAUCAGUCCCCUCAUCAUCAUCAACAACAGCAGCAACAACAACUUCAUCCACAGCAUCCUCAUCAUCAGCAAAACCCACAACAGCAACAUCAGAGUAUACCUGGUGCCAGUGUACAGGUGAAGCAAGAGUCUCAACAACAUCAUCAACAGCAGCAGCAACAACAACAACAACAACAGCAACAGCAAAUGAUGAUGAACAACCAGGAGUUCAUGGGCUAUCAGGAAAUGUGGAACGCCAACAUGGUUAAAAUGGACUACCAAGAGGACGUAACCAACUCGAAUGUAUCAGGAAGCUCGUACAAUAACAUCGGAAACAUUUUAUCGAAUCUAGAACUGAUAGGCAACAAUAGCAAUUAUGAGCAAACUUAUGACAUUGUACCACCUGCCGCGGUAGGUGGUGGAGACCAACAGCAACAAACUACUCAGUCAGCUGCCAGUCAGGUGCAGCAGGUUCCUCCUAAAAAUAAUUAUCACAAACAACAGCAACAGCAUGUUCAUCAACAGCAACAGCAGCAACAACAACAGCAAACAGCGGGUAUGUUGAGUGUGGACAACCCCAUGGUCAGUCAGCACCAUCAUCAACAGCAGCAGCAGCAGCAGCAAUAUUUCCAAGAACAUCACCCUCAUGCACCUGGUCAUCAUCCCCAUCAGCAACCUCACCAUGGGUUACAUCAUCCACAGCAGCCCCUACAUCCGGCUCAUCACGGGCAGUUGCACAGUCACCAUGCGCAGCAACAGACACCCAGUCCACAUCAUCAUCCGCCUCACAUGCAGCAACUUCAGGGAGCUCAACAGCAACAACAGCUGCAACAGCAUCAGUACAACGCGCAUCUUCCACAUCACCAACAACAGCAUCCUCACCAUCAUCCGCAUGCUCCUGGGCCUCCUGGUGCUGGACCGUCUGCCUCGGGACAUCCCCAUCAACUAUCACAACAGCAACAGCAGCAACCCCCAGGAGGCAUCAGCUAUCCUAAUCAACAUCCACAUCAACAACAACAGCAACAGCAAGCACAACAACAGCAGGAUCACACUCUAACAGACAUAUCGAAAACCAACAAUCUACAAUUUGUGGACAGCUUUACGGAAUCUAUCGACUACCUGCAGCAAUCGUUUCAGUACGUGUAGUAAGUAGGUUGGACCAAGUUUUAGAGCGGUCUUGUUUUCUCACUUGCCUCGGACGUCACACACAACACCAUUCAAGUGUGUAUGUGUGUAGUAGCAUGCAUUCUCUUAUGAUUGUGAUAAAAGUAGUUAGUGCAAGCUUUGGCUGGAUUUUUACAAGUCCAAUAUAGGUACCGUAAAACGGGGUAACAUUGAUCAGUUUCACCAUUCUGAUCUUUUCAGAUUAGUAGUAACAAAGUGCAGAAUUAAAACUCUUACAGCAAGCCUCGUUGGAUAAUUACGACGAGUGCUGUAAAAAUCGAGUUCUGCACCGAGCAUAAAUUACCACUUGAGGAUAGUUUUUAACAAAACUUUUCCAUCAAACUGCUCACUGAUGUUCAUAGCCAUGUUUAAGAAAGUUGAGUUUACCGUGACGCACCUAGGGCCUAACUUUGCGCACUUUUCAAAAAUUCAUCAUAAAACAUUGAUGAUAGAACACUAGUUAGUGUUCGUGAGCUUAUGUUAAAAAAUACGAAUCUAGAAAAUAUUGGCUUUGACUCUUCUAAGAUGUUAGGUUAUUCAUACCACGAUGGCGUAGUGCACGUUCAGCGUGCCUAUCUCGGUCAUAUUGACCCUGACAUCCUACUAGGGCUAAAGGAGUAUUGCUCACCAAAAUGCGCAAUCUUUGGCACUGCACAAAGUUUGGUACAUACACAGUACUACGUUUUUAGUAGUAGCAGGCAUGGUAGCGAGUAACUUUUUAGUAAUUUGGUCACUAUUUUCGAGUCAGUCACUAAAAAGUCACUAUUUUCAUGAAAAAGUCACUAAAGUCACUUUUUUUAGUAAAAUGGUCACUAAAGUCACUAUUUUCGUAAAUCUGACAACAUUGAGAAAAUUAUAUAAAAAUUUUGGUAAAACAGAAAUGUCAAAAUUGAUGCACAAAUUUUCCUCAAGAAACUUGCUUUUAAAAAAAAUUUCGGCAGCGCCGCUUAUUAAAUUAUUAGUAUGUCGACUUUAUCAUAUUUGAGAAAAGGGAAGAUGGAUUUGUAUAACUAAGAUUAUAGAUGCAUUUUUGAAUUACUAUACUUUCUAAAAGUAACACUGCAAUAAUCCUGCAUUUAAAAUUUCAGUUUAACUAUAUCACCCUAUGUACACGAAUUAAAAAACUGGCAAUGAUUAAUGUGAAUUAAGUUAAGAUCAAUGAAUGAACUCAUUCCCCUGGUUUAUCUUGAGUUAUUGAGUUAUUGUUCACAAUGUUUCUUUCAGCAUUUCUACAAGAAUCUUUUGUUCAUCUCUGAGUUUUUCUAAAUGCUUAUUUUAACCAAAAUGUCAUCCUAUAUGCAAUGAUGAGGUUAAACAAAAAAACUGCCAAAGUUUUUCUUUCGCAAAAUUUACUCAAAUUCUGUAAUGAUUUUCUCAAAAACUCGAUCAGUUAUUCAUCUGUGCCUUCGCGAUAUCGAUCAAACUGUUUUUAUCAGGAAUCUAUAAAUGUUACCAGGAAUUUCAAGAUUCAAUCAAUUCCAGAAGUUCCUCCAAGACAUUUUGGCUACAUUUUUUCAGGAGUGCAGCAUGAAUAUUUUCAGUAUUCUUCACAAUUCAAUGUUCACAUUUAUUUCACCGAGAAUUCUUCCAAGUAUUUCUUCUCAUCUUGUCACAAGCACAAACUCUAGAACUUAGCUAAAAAUUAUGCAUUGAUUUCCUCGGAAAUUCGAUGAUUCAUCGAAUUUUCAGCAUAUAAAUUCAACUUUCCAACAACUGUUAGGUCACUAUUUGGUCACUUUUUUGAUAAUUUUGGUCACUAAAGUCACUAUUAUUUUGCCACCUGAUCGCUAUCAGUCCUGUAGUAGGUAAAUUGCUCGUGAAACAUGUUCGUAUGAAUGAAAACGAGUUUACCUCACUAUAUUUUUGAAAAUACUACAAACAAAGCUCUCGGUAUGAAUAAAAAUAGUAUUUACCACACCGGAAUUUUGUUCUGGAUUUCUCCAGGGGUUUAUCCUAAUAUUAAAUCCAGAAAUUUUUCAAAAUUUCUAGAUUCCUGCAGGAGCCAUUCCAUGGAAUUUCUACCAGAGUUCCACUGGAUAACUGACCCUGAGGAAGAUUACAAUUGGUGGUCGAAAUACGCGUAUCUGUCAAAGGAUAAGCAUUAGAGGGCGGAAAUAAAAUGUACAAAACUGAUUACCGUAAUCCGGGGAAUUUUCUAUCUUUCUUGAAUAAUUCUCUUGUUAAAGCAAACGUUACAUGUUUUAUAUUUUUGAAACAAGUACUGGCCCUCUGAGUAUGUGUUAAGCUACUCGAAAAAGUAUUGUAAAACUUUAAAACAUGUUUAAAUAGGUUUUUAAAUCUAAUUUUUGAUUGUGUUGAUUUGGGGUAACAUUGAUCAUGUCAGUGAUCAAUGUUCAUUUGUGUUGAAAAUACCCUUACUUACGAAAUUCUGGGUCGCUGAUCUCGAAUAUGUUGUCCAAAUUCUAACAAAUUAUGUACUUUUUAAGUUGUUUUAGGAUUAAAAUCCUCUAAAUCACGAAUAACGCCUAAAGGUAGGCAAUGGCUUAAGGAAUUGAUAGCCGACUUUUAAUAAAUCGUAUAUUUUACUGAAAAAUAGCAUUUUCAUAAAAGUUUCGUUUAUUAAAUCCAACUCUAGGAUAUCAUAUUGAAGUAAUACAGUGAUUUUGAACCUCAUAUUGUAUCUAGUAUUCACGCCAUGCAUGAAUGUUUGACAAUGUAUCUCAUUGCGUUACGAAACACAAUUAUGGAAAAAUCGAUUUAAUUCAAUGUUUAUGAAAUUCAAUUUUCAUAAAUUGCAUUCAUUAGCUCAUUGUCAUUCAAUAGCUAAAUGAUAGCAGAUUACGAUAUACCAUUCCAAAGCAUAAACUGAUUCAAUAUAAAAUGCUUGUUUGAACAUUUCAUGAGGUGGGUCAAGCCGAUCAAUGUUAACCCGCUGAUCAAUAAUACCCCGGAUUACGGUACACUCAUUCGAAGAGGAUGUUCUGUCUAGGCCUAGAGGGUUCAAGAAGUUGAUCCAAGAAUUUUAGGUGUGAUUGCUAUAACAUUUUUUUCUGGCCUGGUGCAGCAUUUGAUAUGUUGUGUUGGCGUUAUUUUCCCAGUUUUCCCAUGGAAUAUCUGACAACGCAACGUAAAAGUAUUUAUUCGGUAUCAUGAUGGGCCUUCCGUCCAAGCUGAGAAAGUGAAUAACGAUAAAAUUUACUCUUCGAUAAUCGAUAUUCACUGUUGCAAAAGCGCAAUGUUCGGAAUAGCUUCAUCAGUAUCAUCAGAAAACCAUAUUCAGACACAGCAUUUAUUUUAUUUAUUUAUUUUUUAUUAACCCUAGGCUAGUUUAUCUCGGGACCCAAGCUUUAUAUGUGCUUUACUUUUAUUCCGAAGAAAGAACUCACCUUUUGUGAAUUUGUCGGGGGUGGGAUUCGAUCCCCAAUCCCCAAUACAUACAUAGAUAUUGCCAUAUUUCAACAUUAAAUAAUAGUUUGACGCCCUCUCAGACGAGAAUGAAUGCUACUACACAAACACAUACACUCAAACGAUAAGCCAUGUUUACGCCCAUCACCCGUACUAUCCCCAGUAUCGUCAUAACACGUCAUUAGUUAAAACAAACAACAAAUACACUCGCGAGUUUGAUUUUGUAUUGUCAUGUAUUCAUCAACUUUUUCUAGAAAGUAAGUUUGCGCGAUCGCAAAACAGCAAGAACUCACAUUAGAUUUCAUCGUUCCAUUUAAUCACGACCCAUACUCUCAUCAGUAACUCAUCAACAAUUGCAUACUUUUACACAACCAUCGAACCACACACAACUGCACUCGCUGAGCAUUACUGAACAUAAAAGUGCGUUAGUGUAAGAUCCGCACAGUAACAAACCCAUUUCUCCAACGAUGCGUGUAAAUUAGAAGCAGGUUUGAACCGGAAUAGGAGAAAAAUUUAACAAAAAUAUAUUAUUUCAACUAUAGAGCAUGAUAACUUUUAUGUGUAGGAGAGACGAAUCAAACACUUGCAUUGCAAACAGGAAUGAUUGUGACAAAGUGAAACAAUAGAGAUUUAUAGCAGUAUGAACGAGUAUUAUAAGAGAGCUUUGGAUGUGCGUGAAAGUAAAUUUUAAAGACUUUCAAGGAAAAGAUUAUUUAGUUUUCAUUGUUUUCUUAAAAUAAUACAUUUAAGAAGAAACAGAAGAAAAAUGUAGAAAUACAUUGAAGCUUCUUCAGUGAAUGAAUAAGUGAAAACGGCAAAGUCUUGAGCAGAGACGACUUUGCUAACCCGAAAGUACAGAAAAGAAAGCAUUGUAAUUAGUAUAUUAUUAUGUAAGUGUUACGCAGAGAAAAGAAUAAUCUUUGUAUUAGAGAGCCACAUUUUAACUGUGGUAGGAGGCACACUUGCAUUCAGAGCGAGAGAAAGAGAGAAAAGUAUGUUUAGCCAGAGAGACGUAAUAUAUAUUUAAAGCGGAACCCGUGCGCACUAUGAAUGGCGAAAGAUUUUAUUGUGCAAGUGCUGGCGGUGUACCAUUAUAGUCAGCAUUUGAAAAGGAAAUGUACAUCUCAAAUUUUUACUAUUGUAUCUCACAAAUAGAAUAAUACUGAUGAUUUUUUUU